AUGAACAGAUGUGAGGAGAAUAGCACGAAUGGAAAACUCUUCUGUCCCUUUGUCAAUUGCAAUUACAAUGGUGAUAAGCACUUCCUGCAGCGCAAACACCUAAAGCAGCACCUCCUGAAGGUGCACACGGCGAAGAACUACAAGUGUGAUCAGUGCCGGAAAGCAUUCUCCACGCAGAACUUCCUCAUGGCGCACGUGAGGCAGUGCGGCAAGGAAUUCAAGUGUUCCGAGUGCGAAUGGGUCUUCAAGUCCCGCGAGGCACUCCUCACGCAUGCCCGGCGAAGGGGGCACCGGUUUGAAGAGGUGACAGAUGUUAAACUUCCCGAGAAAGUAAAACUCAUGCCCAAGGAAUCCCCACAAAAAGCUGAUCAGUGUGUUCAGACAACAUCAUCUAAUCCCACCAGUCCGGCUGCAAAGCGUAAAUUCACCCAAACCACGCAGACGAGCGCAAAGAGAGCCAGGAGUGACAGAAGCCCGCCGGACAGCCCCAAAUUGACUGACAACUCAUCGCAAACGCCAGAAUUAUCCGCCUCAAUGAUGGACUUCUUCGACGACAGUCUCAGCAUCUUUCCCGGCCACUUUGACGGCAGUCAGUGCAGCACGGAGACACAAACGGAUAGGAGAUUGCCAUACUCACAGUCCAGUCGCACUUCCGGAGCGGAUCCGCUACUCUGUCACAUGUACACGCAGACGUGUGAUGAAAUCCUGUCGGAAUUGGGUCUCUCUGAUGUCCAGACGCAAACUACGUGGCCGCCGUCCGAGUUCCAGGAUUUUCUCGUGUCCACGGAGACGCAGACGAGCUUCACGCAGUGCUUGGAGGAGGAAAUUGCUUCGUUCACCACGCAACACACGCAAACAUGA